CUGGCAUUCAGAACAAGUGCUGUCGCUCUCCAUGAGACUCCCCGCCUGCGGGAGGCGCUGUUUUCACUUAAAUGCGCGGCGCGCGCCUGACCGUUAACCGCGCGUUCGCCGCCCCUGCCCACGUGCCCGGCAGUUACAGUGAGACACGUCAUCAGUGCGGGCCAUCCGGCGCUGAUUGGCCGAGAGCCGCAGCGGGAGGUUACGGUGAAAUCUGAUCGAGAAAAAACAUUGCUAGAGAGGAAAAAAAGUGGGAGGAAAGAGGAAGAGAGAAUUCCCAUUCGUACCUGAGCAGAAUGUGUAUUUUGAGGAGUUUUUGGAGUCUCUUAUGUACAGUAUAUCAAGCACUGUAGACAGUUCCAAAGGCAGUGUACUGAGUAAGUGUGAAGGCUCCUUUCUGCGUGAAUUGGAUCAGUUCACCAGAGACAUUUCAUCAUGGGAAAAACUUACAUCAUCGGAGAGUACAGUGAGAAGUAUCUUAAAAAGCUGAAGGCAGAAGAACGAUAUGGGACAACUGGUAUUUUGCUCGGGCAGAUUACACCAAUGAAAACCUAUAUAAUAUUUGCUGCUCAAACCCCACUUAAAGAUCAAAUCGAACUUCCACCAGAUAAUCCAAAUGAAAUGAAUGCAGAUGACAUAGAGUGGGUGUCUGAGCAUGCUCGACAGGUUGCCAGGAUGUUACCAGGUGGAAUAUUGGUACUUGGGGUAUUUCUUGUCAGACCAGCAAAAAUGUCAAAAGAAGAAGCUCAGGAUAUUUUUCGGAAAUUAACAAGUGCUGUUGAGACUGCUGUUGCAAAGGAAAGGCUCUGGAAUUUUUCAGAAGAGGAACCACCUGAGCGAAUUGUUCUCCAAAUCUAUGCUGAUUCGAAAAAAAUGAAGUUACGAACUUAUGAUAUUCACAAUCCACAGGCUCCUACUAAAUUGCUAGAUUGUAAAUCUGGCAGCCUGACAUCUGCAUGGCAGCUCGUGGAAGCCACUAUCAACGUGGAUAUUCGUAUCCCAGUAGUAUCAACUGCCGAGAAUCCGUUUGACAGGAGUUCAUUGAAAGGUCUCAAUGCCUGGGCAAAACACAUGAUGCAGAGCAGCUACCUGAUAAAUGGACAUUAUAAAGACCCAGAAAGCAUAAUCAGUGAAGGAUCGGUAAGAAAAUUCAAUAAUAAUUUUUGUUUUGUUACUUUUAGCUAUAUGCAUGGCUAA